UCCACCAGCCGGAAGUUGUUUUCAGAGCAUCAUUCCUUGACUAUCUGCAGUCUUUUUAGGGAUAGUUGGGAUCUCGCUAAAUGUCAUUCUUGUGCUUACGUUAAAAAAUAGUCUACAACCAAAUGGUGUAAUUAAAUCUUAACCUACUUGAUUGGGUAUUUUGAUUGGACCUACCAAGGAAGGACAAGAGACAAGGAGUCAGAUAUACGUGAAUUAGGCUAGCAGAGUUGAGACACCACUAGACGUUUCAGAGCUUGUGGGCUCCAUGUAGCAUACACCAUGGUCCAGGAUGUGUAGAUGUGGAUGUGAAAGAUGAAGGCUCCUGAUAUUUGGUGUGUUGGUUCUGCUAAUCAUGCAGGUCCUUAAGUAACGAGUGGCGAUCACUAACCAACAUGGCAUCAGCUCCUGCACAGCAACCCACCCUCACAGUGGAACAGGCACGAGUGGUGCUGAGCGAGGUGAUCCAGGCCUUCUCAGUGCCGGAGAACUCUGUGCGUAUGGAGGAGGCGCGGGAGAGCGCCUGCAACGACAUGGGCAAGAUGCUGCAGCUGGUGCUGCCAGUGGCCACGCAGAUCCAGCAGGAGGUCAUCAAGGCCUACGGCUUCAACAACGACGGAGAAGGUGUUCUUAAAUUUGCCCGGCUGGUGAAAAUGUACGAGACACAGGACCCAGAAAUUGCAGCCAUGUCAGUCAAGCUGAAGUCCCUCCUCCUGCCACCCCUUUCCACACCUCCGAUUGGUGGAGGCAUCCCAGCUUCAUAGGCCUGUCAGUCAUCACCGAGGAAACCAACUCAAGGGGCAGCAUGGCUGGGGUCAUGUUGUUAUGGGCAAAACAUGAUGUUGGGGAAAGAUGCCUGGAACAUUUUUGUAUUACUAAAAAGAAAGGCUCUUCUAGUUGCGUUAGUCUCGCUUCCUCAAUAACAUUCCCAUGUUAACCAUUUCUUGGAAUCGCCACUGCUUCUUGUGCCAAUACACACCACCCACUGCCUUCGCAUUGGCUAGAAGUGAGUGUAUUUUUAUGUCCCCAAAUCAUGUCCAUAUGCCUUGUUAUUUAUUUAUAAGUGCUCUUUUAUUGGUUAUGAUUUUAUGUUGCCCUUUUUGUUCAACACAACAUUAAAUCUUUGAAAACAGAACAUCAUGAGGGACAAUACAAACAAAACUUGCCUGUGUGUAAAUACUGUCAUUUUGUUACAUGUGCGUCUUAUUUGAAAUGAGUACAUCAACCAGUUUAUGUUGUCAAUUAAUAAAAAACAUGUUGAUAAGAA